GAGCCUAAUAAUCUACGUACAAAUGCGUCAGGCGGUCCCCCAGAGUCGGAAGAAACGCCCGCUUCUUUUCCGUAUCGGCGGGAUCCCCGGAUAUAAGUUACCCACCCGUCCCGUCCAUCCAACCCUCCGAUAAAAGGGGAACCAAGCAGAGGCCGCUCUCCAAAGGAUUCCCCUCGCCUCCAUCUCCAUCCUAAACGAGCCCACCAAAUCUCUCCAUCCAGGUCUCUUCUCUUCCUUCUCUCCCUUCCCUUUUCCGUAUUCGAUCCAAUUCUUCCUUCAGAUCGAUCGAUCUUGGGCGGAGAUGGCAGUGGCCACGGUCUCGCGGCGUCUCCGCGAGCUCCAGUCCCAAGCGGGGAACAAAACGUGCGUGGACUGCGCGCAGAAGAACCCGCAGUGGGCCUCCGUCUCCUACGGCGUCUUCAUGUGCCUCGAGUGCUCCGGCAAGCACCGCGGCCUCGGCGUCCACAUCAGCUUCGUCCGCUCCGUCACCAUGGAUUCCUGGUCCGAGAUCCAGCUCAAGAAGAUGGAGGCCGGUGGCAACGACCGCCUCAAUGCUUUCCUCGCCCAGUACGGCGUCCCCAAGGGCACCGACAUCGUCGCCAAGUACAACACCAAGGCCGCCGCCGUCUACCGCGAUCGCAUCCAGGCCCUCGCCGAGGGCCGCCCCUGGCAGGACCCCCCUGUCGUCAAAGAAACUCUUUCCCUCUCCACCGCCGGCGGUGCCGCCAAGGCCAGAAAACCACCGCUGGGGCAGACCGGCAACUCGGUGAACAAUGGGGGCUGGGAUAGCUGGGGCGAUGACGAUUUCCGGUCGUCCUCCGAUAUCAGGCGCCACCAGUCGGUCGGCGACCUCCCGGGUGGCGGCGGCAGAGGAGGGAGAGAGGCUCCGUCGAGGUCUAGGUCCACGGAGGAUUUGUACACGAGGUCGCAGCUGGAGGCGUCGGCGGCGAACAAGGAAAGCUUCUUCGCGAGGAAGAUUGAGGACAAUAAGGCUCGGCCUGAGGGGAUCCCACCGUCCCAGGGAGGGAAGUAUGUCGGGUUCGGGUCGACCCCACCGCCACGGAGCAAUUCCCAGGGGGACAUGUUCUCCGUUGUUUCUCAGGGUCUUGGUCAACUCUCCAUCGUUGCAGCUUCCGCUGCACAGUCUGCUGCUAAUGUCGUCCAAGUUGGCACAAAGGAGCUGUCUUCCAAGGUGCGAGAGGGGGGCUAUGAUAAUAGGGUAAAUGAAACAGUGAACGUGGUUGCCACGAAAACUACUGAAAUUGGACAGAGAACAUGGGGAAUUAUGAAAGAAGUCAUGGCAAUGGCUACACAGAAGGUUGAGGAAUAUGCUAAAGAAGGUAUGGGCCGGAACGGGGAUGACCAGCAACCAAAUGAGAAUGAGAGAAACGGAUACUAUAAAGAGUUUGGACAGGAGAAAUUUUGGCAGGAUUGGGAUUCUCCUGGAGCUCAUUCUUCAGGCAGAGGCUCCUGGGAUGACUGGAAUGUAAAAGACAAGAAGGAAGAGCAUUGGAAGGGGGCCCGAAGUGGAGUGGCCUGGGCUGGGUGGGACGAUGUUAAAGAUGAUGGCUAUGAGAAUUUUCACCACAACUCAUCAAACAAGGCUACUGUAAAAUCCAAUUCUUCUUCUUCUUCAUGGAAAGAGGAUGGCUUUGCCUAAUCAGAGGAGGACUUUAUGGUCAAGUAUACCUCUUUGGUAAACAAUGAUGUGGAAAUUUUCUCUGCCCCUUUUUUUUUCGGUAACAGAAAAAUAUUUAUUUAUAUAUUUUCCUGUUUUCCAUAUAUGUAUUUUUUUGGUAAAGUGAAAAUUCUUUUCAUGAAAAUGAAUCGAUCAUACAGGUUAGAACAGCUAUUGCUUUCAAGUUUGUAUAUGUGGACGAGCUCCAAUAUGAUUGGGUA